AUCCUUACUUAUUUCAUUCCUUCUGGCAAACUUCUCCUAAAUUUAUUUUAAUAACUUUGUAAUUUUUAUAAUUAUGACAUAGCUUUAUUUUUAUUUUUUUUAGUGUGGGCAUAUUUUGGUCUCCGGCUCGUGAAAAUGUUAACUCCCUCGGCCUCUGCCCUGUCUGCGGGCAUUAAUGAAAACAAUUAAUAGAAGAGUAGUGGAAAGAAGCAAAACAGAGGGGAAAGGAGGAAAUGAAAGCAGCAAACAGGUAGAUUGGCGCUAAAGUGGAAACAUGCAGAAGACGACAUUCGGCUGACCCACAUCAACUGUUUGAUAAAUUGCUUGUGACCCGGCGAAUCCUUUGUGUAAGUCCUCUUCUCUUCCUUCUUUGUAGCCACCGUCCUCUCAUCCCAAAUCCUUUGUGUAUUCAAUCUUAGAAAAACAUCCUCAGGCGCUUCCGUUUCCUUUGUUACUUAUUGCUGGGAGGUGCACAUCAACUGUUUGAUAAAUUGCCUGAGAGGGAAACCAGCUUGUGAGUAACCGAGUGUUAGUGGGAAAUGCCGAGGAAUAAGUCAAGUCCUGGAUUGCUUGCUCAGUCCACUGGACCUGCAACUUGUUGCAACUGUGAUUGGCCAUCUUAGUUGUGUUUAAGCGUGUCCAUUUCACUGAAUAAUUAACUCCCUGCAUGACUGUCAGAAUGGUCGAUGAGGAAUUGUGAAUGAAAAUCUCAUCAACGUUGUUGCUUCUUAUGGGCGUAAGAUGGCCAAGGAUACUAACACCAAAACAGCUCUCACAGAUAAUACAGAGCCAGAAGAACCCACUAAAAGCGCUUCAAAUUUUUGACGAAGCAAAAUGCAAGUAUCCAACUUACCGUCACAAUGGUCCUGUUUAUGGAACUAUGAUUAAUAUCUUAGGCAGAUCCGGUAGAACAACUGAGAUGAAGAGAAUAAUUAAUCUGAUGAAAGAGGACUCGUGUGAGUGUCAUGACACAGUAUUUGUGAACGCCAUUAGAAGCUAUUCACAAGCUGGAUUAACAAAUGAAGCCAUUUUUCUUUUUAAGUCUCUUACGCAGUUCAAUUGUAUAGAAUGGACUAGAUCUUUGAAUACUCUCUUAGAGAUAUUGGCAGAAGAAUCUAAGCUAGAGUUUGUUUAUCAGUUAUUCCUUGAGAACUCUUGUGGAUGGGAAGUGAGGUCUCGGGCUCGUUUGUUGAAUUUGUUGAUGAAUGUUCUUUGUAGAAUGAAACGCUCAGAUCUUGCAUUGCAUGUUUUCCAAGAGAUGAGUUACCAGAACUGCUAUCCAAACAAAGAGAGUUAUAGGAUCUUGAUGAGGGGCCUAUGUGAAGAAAAGCGGCUCAAUGAGGCUACUCAUCUUUUAUACGCAAUGUUCUGGAGGAUAUCUCAAAAGGGAAAUGGUGAAGAUGUUGUUGUCUAUCGAACUCUAUUGGAAGCAUUGUGUGAUAAUGAAGAAGGGCAGGAGGCCAUUCAAAUUCUUGGUAAGGUAUUGCGAAAAGGACUAAAAGCUCCGAAAAGAUGCUACAACCACAUUGAUCUUACUCAGUGCCGGAAUGGAACAGAUACAGAAUACAUGAAAGUUUUGAUUAAUGAAGCUUUGAUUAAAGGCAUAAUCCCCAGUUCAGAUAGCUACGGAGCAAUGGCUGUUGACUUUUAUGCCGAAGGCAAGAUUGAUGAAGGCAACAAAGUGCUGAAGGAAAUGCAUGACAAAGGCUUCAAACCAUCAGCGGUGAUUUAUGAAGCAAAGGUAGCUGCUUUGUUCAGGGACGGCCAGGUUGAUGAGGCAAUUAUGGUCAUUGAUUGUGAGAUGGUACAGAAAAACUGUGUUCCAAAUAUUAGGUUGUACAAUGUGGUUAUAAAAGGCCUAUGCCAUGAAAAAAAAUCUAUUAGUGCUGUUAAGUAUUUGGAAAGGAUGUCUAGGCAAGUAGGUUGUGUGCCAAACUAUGAGACUUAUGAAACUUUGGUAGAUGGGUUAUGUAAAGAUGGUAAAUAUGUUGAAGCAAGCAAGGUGAUGGAGCAAAUGUCAAUCAAUUCCUUUUGGCCUAGAGCUGGAACUCUGAAUUCUCUUAUCCAAGGUCUUUGCCAAGUAGGUGAUUUACACAUUGCAAUUAUGUGUUUGGAGGACAUGAUCUCUCUAGCCUUGACUCCAGAUAUCCAUGUGUGGCAGUCAUUAUUAGAUGCAAUCUGUUCUGAAAAUGGUAUAAAUGAGGCUUAUUUCAAGACACUAGAGCAGCUACAGACACCUUAUCGUAGUAUAUAACUACAACUGUAUUGCUGGAUUUCCCCUUUUUUCUUUUCUGGUACGAAAAUAUUUUCUGGUUCACUCUUCUCAACCCUUCCUUUUCUGUUUUUCCUUUUCCUUAGGUCUGAAUUUUAAUCAUCUGCCUUGAUUCAUUUAGUAAUUUAACUUAUGCGGAUAUGUUGAUCUCAAUGUCCGUGCUUCAUUUUUGUA